CAAGGAUCUGUACAAGGAGGCCAUGAUGGAGGAGCACCAGCCUCUUAUAUCACAGGCAGAAAAUUCCCAUAAGAAUUCUGAGGGAAACUUCAUGUUGUCACUAAAUUAUAACGUAGAAGAUGAAGACAACAUGCAGUGCUCUUCAGGAGAAAACCUUAAUGUACAUCCAGGACUUCACAGUACAGAUCUGUCAUAUAAUCCCCCUGUUCAUGAGGAAUCUUCUGACCAAUCACAGAUUGCUACCACAAGUGCUGGUCAGAAAGGGGGUGAAAGGUUUCAAGAGAUCACAAAAAAAUCAAGUCUUUCUACAGACCGAAGAAUUCGCACACGGGAGAAGCCGUAUUCAUGUCCAAAAUGUGGGAAAUAUUUUGCAUAUAAAUCAGAGCUUGUUCGGCAUGAGAAAAGUCACACAGGAGAGAAGCCGUAUUCAUGUUCAGAAUGUGGGAAAUGUUUUACAGUUAGACAAACUCUUGUUAAACAUGUGCUACGUCAUAGAGGAGAGAAGCCGCAUUCAUGUUCGGAAUGUGGGAGAUGUUUUAGUGAGAUCUCAAGUCUUGUUAAACAUAAGAGAAUUCAUACAGGAGAGAAACCGUAUUCAUGUUCAGAAUGUGGGAAAUGUUUUGCACAGAAUUCAGCUCUUCAUGCACAUCAGAGACGUCACACAGGAGAGAAACCGUAUUCAUGUUCAGAAUGUGGGAAAUGUUUUAGUGAGAUCUCAAAACUUAUUAUACAUAAGAGAAUUCAUACAGGAGAGAAACCGUAUUCAUGUUCAGAAUGUGGGAAAUGUUUCACACAGAAAUCAGGUCUUAAUGCACAUCAGAGAAGUCACACAGGAGAGAAACGGUAUUCAUGUUCAGAAUGUGGGAAAUGUUUCACACAGAAAUCAGGUCUUAAUGCACAUCAGAAAUGUCACACAGGAGAGAAGCCGUAUUCAUGUUCAGAAUGUGGGAAAUGUUUUACAUAUAAAUCAAAGCUUUUUAUACAUAAGAAAAGUCACACAGAAAAGAAGCCUUAUUCAUGUUCAGAAUGUGGGAAAUGUUUUAGUGAGAUCUCAAGUCUUGUUACACAUGAGAGAAGUCACACAGAGAAACCAUAUUCAUGUUCAGAGUGUGGGAAAUGUUUUACACACAGACAAAGUCUUAUUACACAUGCGAGACGUCACACAGGAGAGAAACCAUAUUCAUGUUCAGAAUGUGGGAAAUGUUUUGCACAGAAAUCGGUUCUUAAUGCACAUCAGAGACGUCACACAGGAGAGAAACGAUAUUCAUGUUCAGAAUGUGGGAAAUGUUUUACACACAGACAAAGUUUUGUUGCACAUGCGCUAGAUUACACAGGAGAGAAGUCAAAUUCAUUUAAAUGUUUUAAAAAGAAACGCGAUCUUAUUAGAAAUGUGAAAAUUCAUACAGGAAAGAAGCAAUAUUCAUGUUCAGAAUGUGAGCAAUGUUUUACGCAAAAAUCCGAUCUUGAUAGUCAUGAGAGAAGUCACAGAAGAGUAAGGAUACGAUCACAAUUCCAGAAUUUAGACUUUGAUUUUGAUUCCAAUUAAAGAAUGAUGUUAUUUGAUAACAAAUAAAAUAACACCAUGAAAUACCCACAGUAACCCCAUGUU